AUGAACGAAGAGCACGCAACUGAAUUGUUGCAAAAGAAAGCCGGCCACCAACCUGACGUGGAAAACGUUGCAAGGUUGGUGGAAGUCCUUGAAUAUAUGCCUUUAGCGAUCACUCAAGCUGGGCCGUACAUUCGGCAGCGGGCGCCACGAACCUCUGUCAGCAAGUAUUUGAAGGAUUUCGAAAAGAGCGACCGACACAAACUGAGCAUUCUGAACCGGGACGAGGGCAAAGACUUGAGACGAGACCGCGAAGCAUCGAACUCGGUGAUCAUAACCUGGCAAAUUUCGUUCGAGGCUAUUCGCUCGGAGCAGCAAUCAGCAGCUGAUUUGCUUUCCUUAAUGAGCUUUUUCGACCACCAGGGAAUGCCAGAGUCGCUGGUACGGCCACGUGACAACAAUCUAAGCCAAGAUGACGACGGGAGCGAAGGCGAAUGCAACGGAGCGAAUAUGACAGCGACAGCAAUUCGUCAUGUGCCAGCAGCAGCUCCGACAGCUUGUUUGAGCAGAGCUUUGAGGAUGACCUGA